CUGGUCAUUAUUGCAGACUGAGAGACCUGAUGGAGUGGAGGGAGCAGCAGAGGGCACAAUGUGAGGAGCAAGACAGAUUCUGGCUGAUCCAGCGAUACAUUGAGAAACCGUAUCUGAUUGGGGGGUGCAAGUUCGAUCUGAGGAUAUUUGUGCUUGUUACUUCUUACCAGCCUCUGAGAGCGUGGAUGGCUCGGGAUGGGUUUGCGCGUAUAGCAGGCUCCCAGUACUCCCUGAGCAGUCUACAAGACAACCUGGUGCACCUCACCAAUAGUGCCCUGCAGAUCUCCGCAGCUGGAGACCCGUGCCGUCAGGGUUGCAAGUGGAGUAUCCACAAACUACGCCACUUCCUCACUGCCCGCCACGGGGCGUCCAUGGUGUCUGCGACUUUCGACCUGAUGGCACGCCAAGUAGUCUCCAGCCUCUGCAGCGUCCAGAGUAGCGUCGUGCAGAGCAACCACUCCUUCGAGCUGUACGGCUAUGACAUUCUCCUGGACGAGAAGCUUACUCCGUGGUUACUGGAGGUGAAUGCCUCCCCCACCCUUCUGCCGACCAGUUUGGAGGAUUACCAACUCAAAUACAACAUGAUAGAAGAUGUCUUCAAUAUACUGGAUAUGGAACAUAGGCUCACAGGCAUGGAGUUGCGGGUCGGGGGGUUUGACCUCAUGUGGAACGAUGGACCUGUAUACAAGCCGUUCUUGCAGAAUAUUGCCAACGCUAAAGACGUAGAACUCAACUCUUUCUUGGGAUGUUUAAAUGAUCGAGAUGAAAACUUGAAACAACUUCAGAUAUUGAAAACGCUUGUAUCCAGAUGCACACAUGACUGAUAUGUAAUAGCAUUGUUAUACGCAAUUGCGAUCGUAUUAAUUUAUAAUACUUUGAACUUAACCUUAUUUAUAUUACCCCUUAUUGAACAUUAUGUAUAAUUACUAAUUCAAUUAUUAUUUCAAUUUUAUGUAACUUCAUUUUCAUACCAUUUGUUGUAAAAGACUUCUUACUUCAGAUUUUUGAUAGUAAUUGCUCUAAUUAUUUGUUGUUUGUUCUGUACAUUUGGAAACGGUAAUUGUACACCAUGUCUAUCUUAUCUGCCCUACUUCAAAAUCAGCAAAAUCUAAAGCAAAUCUUAAAUUGUGACCUCACUAGCUUUUCAGUGAACAAUGGAAAUAAUAAUUUAUAAUUUCAGAAUUAUGCUUCCAUUUUCCACAAUGGUAGAUGAAAUAAAUAUUUUAUUGGAAA